AUGAAUUUUCUGGAAAAGGGUGGUGGAAGUGGGGAAGAGAUAGAACAACCAGCCACUAUAGAUUCAGAUUUGUGUAUGUCUUCUUCUUCUACUUCUUAUCACCAAAGUCAACAACAACAACAAAACUUUGGUGGUUGGCUUCUGAAUCAUGCCCCACUAGGUCAUGAACUUUCAUCUAAUCAUGAUGAAGAACAAAUAGGAGGUACUUUGAUGGUGGAAAGAGAGCACAUGUUUGAUAAAGUAGUGACUCCAAGCGACGUGGGCAAGCUAAAUCGACUUGUGAUUCCAAAACAGCACGCCGAGAGGUAUUUCCCCUUGGAUUCAUCUAACAAUGAUAAGGGUCUACUGCUAAAUUUUGAGGACAGAAAUGGGAAGCUAUGGAGGUUCCGGUAUUCUUACUGGAAUAGCAGCCAGAGCUAUGUGAUGACUAAGGGUUGGAGCCGUUUUGUUAAAGAUAAGAAGCUUGAUGCAGGAGAUAUCGUUUCAUUCCAACGGGGUGUUGGUGCUACUGCUAAAGAUCGGUUGUUCAUAGACUGGAGACGUCGUGUAAACGCCUCCAGUACUACAUAUCAACCGCAUCAUCAACUAUCGUCAUCAUCUAAUCUUCCUUUUUCAUUUCCUAAUUAUAACUUUAUCCAGCCUUGGAACCCACUAGUCUUACAAUCUCUUUCAGCAAGAAGAAACCCUAACUUGGUGCUACAGCCCUCCAACAUCAACCCCAAUCAAAUUAGUUCAAGAUCGGUUUAUUUGGGACAAGGUGGAUUUGGAGCAACACGGCAAGACGCUCCUAUGAUGCAAAGAAGUGGGCUCGGGUUAGGGUUUGAUCAUCCACGUCUACAACCACCAACAUCAUCAAUUCCACGGCCGGUUCAUGGGAAAUCAUCUGGUAAAAGACUCCGGUUAUUUGGGGUUAACAUGGAUUGUGCCGUCUCAGAAGAUGAAGAAGAUCAUCAAGACUAUGAUCACCCAAGUGAAUUUUCUACUAUUCCUUACGUGCAAUUGAGGCCUUGCGAAGGAGGAACUCAAUGUGAUGAAAGUAUGAUGUUACCAUCGUCUUCUUCGGUUCAUGAUUUCAACAUCAUCUCCAAAUCACCAGAUUCAAAUAUGUCACUGGAUUUGGAGAUCUGA